GCGCCGGUGUAGCUACCAGCAUGAAUAUCACUGUUACAGCAUGUUAGGGUGUUUUUAUUUGAUGUUUUAUUUGGAUAUAAUCGUGAUUCAAGUGUAUAAUUAAUUCGAUAAACACUAGGCUUAGUCAUGUGUCAGGUUGACGGAGAUUAUGGCAGCCUCUUAAAACAAAAAUCUCUACCGGCGGUGUCAAAGAAAUGCAUGAAGUGCAAAGAGGGCAAUGCAGUGCUCAUCAUUCGAGUGGGAGAUGCCUUCUGUAGGGGCUGCUUCAAGGAGUACUUUGUCCAUAAGUUUCGGGCCAUGCUGGGGAAGAAUCGUGUCGUCUUUCCUGGAGAGAAGGUGCUGCUGGCUGUUUCUGGAGGACCAGCGUCCAGCUGCAUGCUCACACAGGUUCAAAACGGUUUAAGUCGGGAUGCACCCAAGAAGUUAAGAUUUAUGCCUGGCAUUAUCUACAUAGAUGAGGGUGGUGUGUGUGGUCAGAAUGCAGAGGAGAGGGAGAAGGCUGUAGUUCAAUUGGAGAGCAUCUUCAGAACGACUGGAUUCCCGUACCACAUCGUCCCGCUGGAACAGGUCUUCACUCUACCCGAGUCGGUACUUGAACCUGUGUAUAGUCGUGAGCAGCCCGGUUCCAACUAUAAAGCAGCAGUGGAUCAGCACAUUCGGACUGAAGUCACCCGGGGCCACAGGGAGCCUGCGGUGGAGGAAUCCCAGGAUGCAGUAGGCCGGCUUAGCCUGCAGACCUCCACAUACAAGCCUGAACACAAACUGGCUUUAGAGGAACUCUUCUCCUCUUUGAAAACCUUAACAGCCAAACAGGACUUGCUGCACACACUGAGGCAGCACCUGAUACUGCACACUGCCCAGAUGAGUGGCUAUUCCAAGGUGAUGAUGGGAGACAGCUGCACACGUCUGGCUAUUAAGUUGCUCACCAACAUCUCUCUGGGACGAGGGGCGGCUCUGGCAGCUGAUACGGGUUUCUCAGACUCUCGGUACGGUGACGUGGUGAUGGUGCGCCCCAUGAGAGAUUACUCCUCAAAAGAGAUCGGCUUCUAUAACAGGCUGUUUGGAGUCCAGUCUGUCUUCAUCCCAGGCCUGGACACCAAGACUGCUGAUAAAACGAGUAUCCAGCAACUGACUGAGAGCUUUGUGGUCAAACUCCAGGCUGACUUUCCUUCUACUGUCAGCACUGUGUACAGAACAAGCGAGAAGCUCCACACAGCGUGUCCUCCUCAGAGCUCCACCACAGAACCUGCUGCUAAGUGUCUUUUCUGCCUCUGUGCCCUCGACACCAAAGCAGACGUUGCCUCUGCGUUCCAUGCCACACUGGUGUCAGAACAGCUGUCCCAGGGUCCACUGGCAGAAAAAGGUCAAAGUGAUGCGGGCUGUUGUCAGGGACAGAAACGAGCUUGUGGGGAUGGAGGUUGCUGCUCCACAUCCAGGGUUCCUGUAGCACCAGAUCUGAAGAGCCUUCUAUGUUACAGCUGCAGACUGACCAUUAAAGACAUGACAGCAGUGGACUUCCUGCCACUGUAUAUAACAUCUGAGGCAGAGAAACGCCAGAGAAGGGCUGUGAUGAAGAAGGAAAUCAGCGAGUUCCUAUUAGAGGAUGGGGAUGGAGGUGCAGAUGACGAAUAGCUGGCCAUUUGUUGGUUCAGCUAAGCGAUGAUUACAUUUCAGUGACGCACCAUCAGGAAACAGUUGGCAUUUUUACUGCACAGACGCCUUUAUACAAGACCAUUUUAUUUUGUUGACGUGAAUCAAAGGCAAAGCCAGUUCUGCACUCAACUGGUUCUUAUGAAAGUAGAUGAUGUUUUAUUGAUCACGUUUUAUUAUGGCAAUAAAUUCCAGUAAUUUUA